AUGCCCAGAAUUUAUGAGAAGCAACCCACGAUCACUGCUGAGGUGUGUGAGGAGAGCACAGGCGAGAUCGGUGAGGUCAAUGAGGACGAUGAAGUUGAUGAGGCUGAUGAGGUCGGUGAGGAUGGUGAGAAUAAUGGGGAUGGUGAGAAUGAUGCAACCCCUUUAUCCGAUGAGAACAAGAGGGACGCGUUUAAUAAUGCCAUCAUGGGAUCUGUACCUAUGGUACAUUUCCUACAAUCCUCAGCCGAACUCAAAGGUGAGCAGCCCCCCACUUAUGAACAAUUGAAACUAGUGGUUAUGCAGGAAAAAGCGUCGAGGAAGCAGUCUGGCGAGGGGAGCGGUGAGGGGAAAUACUACAAUCCGAAGGGCAAAGGAGAUAACAAGUACUCGAAGCCUAAGACCAGUACGAAGCAAAACAAGGAGGGCUCUGGCAAAACCUCAGGAGGAGACAGCAAAGAUAAGGGUGAGUUAGAUUCGAAAGAGAUAGAAGCGUACUUGAAAGCGGAUGAUGAGCUUUGUGAAAUUCAGAUAAUGCACGUAGAUGUUUGUCUUGACAAAGACAAAUUCAUUACUGAAUUUUUAGCAGAUUCAGGUGCUACGGAGCACUUAACUAAUUCUAAACUAAUCUUUAAGUCCCUCGAUGAAUAG